AUGUUUGCAUGCACGGAGCCAUCUCCUUCGGGGGGGCCCCGGGGGCCCCCAGAGGGGCCCCCAGAGGGGCCCCCCUUUAAGGGGGCCCCUGAGGGGCCCCGUGAGGGGCCCCUUCAUAAGGUGUAUAUGCAGCUUAAGGCGCCUCCCUCUUUAAGUGAAGUUUCUUUGGGGGGCCCCCAGCCCCCUGUACCUCGGCACGUGCUGCAGCAGCAGCUACCUUCUCCUUUAGGUAGGGGGCCCCCGGGGGGCCCCCCAGAGAGCGUCGAGUCCUCUAAUAACACAUCAGGGGGCCCCCCAAGACAGCAGAUGCACCAAAUGAACUCCACACGCCUUUUUAGGGCCCCUAAUAGUCUUCCUAUAGAGCCCUCUCAACCACUAGGGGCCCCCAGGGGCCCCACAGGGGGGCCCCCAGGGGGCCCCGCAAUGGGGCCUUUAAGGGGGCCCUUAGGGGGGUACUUAGGGGGGCCCCCAUGGGGGCCCCCAGAGAGUCGUUCGACUGCCUUUUGUAAGGUUUUAGGGGGCCCCCAGGCAUCAGGAUGCUGCAGGCCGCUAAUGAGAAAGGAGGAGCUGCUGCAGCUGCCGCUGCAGCAGGUGUUGCUGCUGCUUCCACCUGCAGCAGCAGCAGCUGUACGCGAGACAGUGCAGCAGCUGCUGCUGCCUGGAGAUGCCCAUGAAGCAGCAUACGUACAGCAAGAGCAGCGAUGUUGCUGUUGUCCCUACUGCAGCAGCAGGACCAGCAGCAGCAUCAACAGGAGCAGCAGCAGCAGCAGCAGCAGCAGGAGAGGGCCUCUGCUGCAGGAGCCCUACAGAUGCGCAUUCUCCAUCACCCCUGGGGGCCCCCAGGGCCCCCACGGGCAGCAGGUUGGUGACGAAGGGGCCCCCAGAAAUAAGGGGGGCCCCCCUUGUGCUUCUUUUAUUAAAGAAGCGAAUAUCAUAACAACAGAAGAAGGGCCCACUGAAAGUUGUCUCUUGCUGCAGCAAGCCAGACAGCAGCAGCAGCAGCAGGAGCAGCAGCAACAGAAGCAAGAGCAGCAACAACAAGCUGAGCCGCCUGCCGUGCGGCUGCAACAGCAGCAACGAAAACAGCAGCAGCAACAAACACAGCAGCAGCUCCAGCUGCAGCACAGAGACAGGGAACAGAUGCAGCUGCAACAGCAACAGCAGCAGCAACAGCAGCAAGAGCACCACGAGCACCAGGAGCAGCAGCCGCAGCAACACCAGCAACAGGAACCGCAGCAACAGCACCAGCAGCAACAGGAACAGCAGCAGCAACAGCAGCAGCAACAGCAGCAGCAGCAGCUUACCUGUUCUUUGCAUGAACUUCACCUCUCCCAAGCCUAUUCACAAACUGCUCUCCUGGGGGCCCCCUCAGGGGCCCCUGCUCCUUCGAGGGGGCCCCCAGCUGUGGGGGGCCCCUUAGAGGCCCCACCCCCACAGUGGCGCUGGCAAGUUUAUAAGCAGCAGCAGCAGCAGCAGCAGCAGCAAGAACCGCAGCAGCGGCAACCGCAGCAGCAGAUGGAAUGCGAGGACUCUCCAUCUUCGGGGCCUCAAGAUAAUCAAGCUGCAGCAGCAGCUGCAGCUGCUGCUGCUAGUGCUGCUGCUAGUGCUGCUGCUAGUGAUGCUGCUGGUGCUGCUGGCGCACAUCCGAAGAACAGCAGCAACACUUACGAACAGCAGCAGCAGCAGCAGCAGCAGUGCAUUCACGGUGCUGCUGCUGCUGCUGCUUCUAUCUGUAGCUGUGUUGCAGCUUCCUUAAGGGCUUCUCCCUCUUGGGGCCCCUCAGCAAAAUAUGCAGAGCAUGACGACAGCAGCAAACACCAACAGCAACCAAACAAAGGGGCCCCCAAGGGGGCCCUCAUGGGGGCCCCCGAAGGGGCCCCCCCUGUCGAACUGCAGCCGCUGCAGCGAGGGAGGCAGCAGCAGCUUGCAGAGGGGGGCCCAGAGGCAGCUGAGGCCUGCCGAGUGUACAGCAACAGCAGCAGCAGCAGCAACAACAACAACAACGAAGACAGCAGCAGCAUCAGCAGCAGCAGCAUCAGCAGCAGCAGCAGCAGGCGCCACACUGUGCCGCUGCCGCCGCAAGAGCAGCAGAUUGUGCCUACGAUCGCGAAGCAGCUGCAGCAGCGUGGCGUACUUAAAGAGGCCCCCUGGAUCUCUUCUUCCUUUCCCGCUGCUGCUAGCAGCAGUGCCCUGUACGGCAGCAACAGCAGCAGCAGCAGCGGCGGCACCAGCAGCAGCGGCGGCACCAGCAGCAGCAGCAGGCUUAGCGGUGCAGACUGGCGAGACUUCUGCAGCAUCGACGAAGAAGAGGGUUCAGAGAUGGGGCCCCCUGGGGGGCCCCCCUCAUUAAGUGAACCCUUUGUGGGGCCCCCAUCAGGAGAGGGGCCCCCUAGGGGCCCCCCAUCAGGGGAGGGGGCCCCUGGGGGGCCCCCCUGGGGGCCCCCCUUGGGAGCCCCCUCCAGUAGGAGGGGCCCCCAAGAAUAUUUGCGGCGGCGGCCUGAGAGGGUGGUGAUGCAGAAGACGAACAAAGCGGAAGUAUUGAAUUUCUCGCAUGUAAAAAGUGUUGUUAGAAAUGAAUGCUGGAGGUCAAGCAAAAGGGUGCAGCAGCAGCAGCAGCAGCAGCAGCAGCAGCAACAGCAGGAGAAGGAGAAGGAGCAGCAGAAAGAGCAGCAGAAGGAACAGCAGCAGCUUCGCCGCAUUGCAAGGGGAAACGAAGCACUGAAACAGCAGAAGCAGCUACAGCAACUGCAGCAGCAGCAGAACACGCAAAGGCAGCAGCAGCAGCAGCAGCAGCAGCAAUACAAGCAACCACAGCCGCAACAGCAGCUGCAGCAGCAGCAGCAGCCAGCCGCGAAAAGCUCUGCAAGCCGAGGUGGAGUGCAGCAGCAGGUACGACGCGUUUCGUUUCUGCUGCGGCCAGAAACAAGGAAACUGUCUGGCGGCGUUGCUGCUGCUGCUGGUGCAGUUGCUGCUGCUGCUGCUGCUGCUGCUGCUGCACCUGCUGCUUUAGCAGAAGCCUCUCCGCAAGACCAGGGCUGUCCUCAGUGGGUGUCGCGUGGGUACAACCCUGCAGAGCAGCAGCACGCACAGCAGAAGCAGCAGCAGAAGCAGCAGCAGCAGCAGCAGCAGCAGCAGAUGCAUGCAGUGCCCGACGGCCUCGUAAAGGAUUUUGUUUCACCCUGCAGUUAUCUCCCUUACUUACCUCGAACCAACCGCAUAGGGGCCCCCUCGGGGGGCCCCCUUGGGGGCCCCGCUGGAAGCCCCUCUGGGAGCCCCACAGGGGGGGCCUCUGGGGGCCCCUCUAGGGGCCCCUCUUCUGUUUCUGUUUUGAAGUCAGAAUGCAGAAAAGAAGAAGUAAAAAAGGAUAAAGAAAUAAAUAAAGAAAAACGCAUGCAAGAGACACCCGACACGUACUCGUACACAGAUUGGACUGAGGACGAUGCAGAAGAGAGCGAAGAAGAGUAG